AUGGAGGUAUAUGGUGCGUCUCAGCGUUCCACAGGAAGUAUGCACUGUGACAUUGGGAUCAUUCGGCAGGAGGGGUGGGCACGGCCUGUCAUGGGGCCCGGGGCUCGGCGUCUCACCGCGGCCGCAGCCGACACUGACGGCGGCCCAUCGUGGGCAGCCUGGUCGGCGCUGCUCACGCCCUGCCCUCGGCGGCCAGCUGUGGGAGGCUCAGGUCUGCGCGCCUCCCGUGAGGGUGGGGAGGUGACCUGCUAUGUGUGGAGUCCCCGGCACGGCGCCCCGCAGGCCGUGGGCCCUCAGCGUUUGGUCCCUGCCUUCCCUCUCGCCGGCGAGGUGUCGGGGGGGGGGGGGGGCUGCACCGUAGUGGCUUUUCAUUGUCCGUCUGGGGCUGCGGGGCUGCCCGGCAGCGAGUGA